AUACACAUAACUACUACAUUUAAUUGUGCGCAUGUGUGCGUUGUACUCCAAAGUAGUAUUGACGUUGACAAUUUGCAGUUGAUAUUUAAUAAGAAUCUAAGAACGGUUGGGGGUGUUUCCUAAGAUUAUUUCAUUUCACAACAUUAUUAAGACAAUAUGGAUGCAUUUGGUGACAACUUUGUCAUUGAACCAGAAGUGGAUCCUGUAGCAGAAUUUGUAGCAAGAGAACAGGAUCAAUUGGCAGGACUUGAGGAUGAGAUUCCUCCAGUUUCUAUUACUGCACCUACAACAAUAUCAAAUACAGAUGUUGGCCCAGGUGGUGAUGCUGAAGGUAGCUUUGAAAUAAUAGAUGCAGUUGGACAGCCUACUGAUCCACAAGCACCACCAGUAAUAGAAACUGCAUCGAAACCUCCUCCAGUAAAAGAAGAACCUGAAAAAAUACGAAAAUGGAGAGAAGAACAAAAAGCUAGACUAGAAGAAAAAGAUGCUGAAGAAGAGAAAAAGAAAGAAGAAUGGAGGGAAGCAGCAAGAAAAGAGCUAGAGGAAUGGUAUAAACAUCAUGCAGAAGCUAUCAGUAAAACAAAAACUACAAACAGGGAAUCAGCCAAAAACGCAGAAAAACAAUUUGUAGCGGAAGCUGAUGAAGUGGAACCAGGAACUGAAUGGGAACGCAUCGCAAAACUUUGCGACUUUAACCCAAAAUCUUCCCGUGCUUCUAAAGAUGUGUCUCGAAUGCGGUCAAUUAUUUUACAAUUGAAACAAACUCCACCAGCUCCUGUCAGUCUUUGAUUAAAUUAAUUUGAUUGUUCGUUCUGAAAAAAGAAACAUGAUUAACAUAUACAGAACAAUACAUUUAUUGUAGGCGUUAAAUACAAAAUAAAAAAAAUGUAGAAUGUAUCAUUACCUAUGCAAAUCAUGUUUCAUAACAAGUUGCAUGUCAUGUUGCCAACGAUAAAUAUUUGGAUAUGUAACGGGAUUUAUUGACGAUGGUACUGCAUUAUAAACCGCAUAAUCAACUUUCAUCGGUAUAUAUCUAAAAAAUAUAUAAUAUUACAUAAAAGAUUCUAUCUAAUAAUAA